AUGGCCAACUCGGGCUGCCUGCUGCUCUCCGGCUCUGGGAUGCUACCUCACUCCCUCCAGUGUCCCCCUGCCUUCCUCUACCUACCCGAGGGUAACCAAGAGGCCACCAACCCCCCGGAAGCGAUGGCCCAGCCGUACACCCCAGCCCAGUUCCCGCCUCCCCCACAGAAUGGCAUCCCUGCUGAGUUUGCGGCGCCCCACCCGCUUCCCACGCAGGACUACACCGGGCAGAGCAGGGUCCCUGAGCACGCCAUGACCCUCUACACGCCCACACAGACGCACAGCGAGCCGGCCGGCACCGACAACAGCACGCCCGCCAUCACCGCCACCACGACCGCACCGACAGAUGACGUGACGCAAACAGAGGGCUCUCAGCAGCUCCAGCUCCAGCACUCAGACUCUUCAGAGAAGCAGCAGCCCAAGAGGUUACACGUCUCGAACAUCCCCUUCCGCUUCCGGGACCCCGACCUAAGGCAAAUGUUUGGGCAAUUUGGAAAGAUUUUAGAUGUGGAGAUUAUCUUUAAUGAGCGAGGAUCCAAGGGCUUUGGGUUUGUAACUUUUGAAACAAGCACAGAUGCCGAUCGUGCACGGGAGAAACUAAAUGGUACAAUCGUAGAAGGACGCAAAAUAGAGGUGAACAAUGCAACAGCACGGGUUAUGACAAACAAAAAAGUGGCCAACCCUUAUACGAAUGGCUGGAAGCUGAAUCCAGUGGUAGGAGCUGUCUAUGGUCCUGAACUGUAUGCUGUAACAGGGUUUCCCUACCCUGCCACAGGGGCCACGGUGGCCUAUAGGGGCGCCCACUUGCGAGGCCGGGGGCGGGCCGUGUACAACACGUUCCGCACGGCACCCCCACCACCACCCAUCCCAGCUUACGGAGCGGUGGUGUACCAAGAUGGCUUCUAUGGUGCAGAGAUCUAUGGUGGCUAUGCAGCAUACAGAUAUGCCCAGCCCACCACCACCGCUGCCUACAGUGACAGCUAUGGCAGAGUCUAUGCAACAGCAGACCCCUACCACCAUACAAUUGGCCCUGCCGCCACGUACAGUGUGGGUACUAUGGCUAGCCUAUACAGAGGAGGGUACAGUCGCUUCACUCCCUACUAA